UCUCAUUUGAACCGUCAUUAGCAUUUCUUGAUGAUUAAUAUUGUGGCGCAUAUAUAUAAUCAUCAACCCAAUUUCAUCUUGGGUCGCAACUCUUCCAUCAAAAUCCGGCAUUAAGGCCCCAUGUAAGCUGCUAGCCCGCUUACCCAUUUUUGAUCUCCUUGUUCAAGUCUCUCUCUCUGUCCAAACCGUACAAAAAGAGAGCUGAAAGUACCCCUCCCACUUCCUCUUCUUCUCCUACAUUUCCAAGGAAAAACAAGGAAAGAAGUUGAAAAUUACAGCCCAAUUUCCUCCUCUUCUUCUUCUCUUGUUCAAAUCUCUCUGUCUGUCUCUCGCUCUCUCGCCUGCACGAAGAUGCCAGCUUCUAGUAACAACAACGAAGCGGAAAAAAUAAACGUCGUGGUCAGGGGCCAGGACAAUCGCAUCCUUUACUUCAAAAUCAACGGGACAGUGAGGCUAUCAAAGAUGUUCGCAAUCUACUGUGAAAUGCGGCAACUGGAAGUGCAGACCGUGCAGUUCCUCUACGAAGGCAAUCGCAUUACAGGCAACCAAACCCCUCAAGGAUUGCACUUGGGAUUCAUGAUUUUUGUCGCAACCUGCAGCUGGGAUUGGAGGACGGCGCCGAAAUCUGCGCCUUUGUCCACCAGUCUGGAGGCGGAAGACAGCAGCGCGGUCGCUGCACUUCGUGCUGAAAGACUUCUCUCUGCAAUGAGAACAGCAAGUGUUGUGUAUACCCCGAAACUCGGUAGAUGUUCAUGCGCUGCAAAUGACUUUUUGAUCUGCAUGUUAGAAUGAUUCUGGCUAAUCUUUUGUGUUGCGUUGCUGCACUAUCUGGAUCUUCCUAUGCUUUUUAGUGAAAGAUUACACCACUCUGUAACUAUGUCCAGCUAAUUGAGAACAUUCUGAUCAUUGUUCAAUGGUGCAAUUAUGUCUAGCUGUUUUGACA